UUGAAACAUGAUUAUACGAGUGAGAAACCAACGCAAACACCGAGAGUCCAAGAGCUGGAAAGCAGCGUCUGAAUUCGAUGGCGAAAGAGGGAAGCGACAUUGAUGAAGUGAACGACGCAAUGGAAGGCGCGGGAGAAGAAGAAGAGGAAGAAAACGCGGCACAGGAGGAAGGUGACAUGGAAGAAGAAGACGAGGAGUAUACUUUCAGGUUCAAAAAUGGCAUGAAUCCAUUGGACUUCAUCGAUAACAAUGAUUCCGGCGUUCAAACCUACCAGCGAUUCGAGCGUCUUGAACAGGAAGCCCUCGCCGAUAAAAAACGAAAAGCAACUGAUCAAUGCGAGAGUGAAGGACCACCUUCUAAGAUGGCCAGGGAAGAUGAUAUUUCUGGGGUAAAGAUAGCUGAGAUAAUGGAAGCAAUGAAUUAUUAUGGUGUUCGCAAGAGAUCGAGAAAGGUUAAAAAAAGAGGCAGGCGAAAAGGAUCAAAGAAUAAACUUGACCCUAAGCUAACACGAAUGCUGGGCGAUGCCACACUUCACUAUGCAUGUGGCCAUUAUGACAAGGCUAAAGCUGUGUUGCUUGAAGUUGUUAGGCUGGCACCAAAUUUACCUGAUUCGUAUCACACCCUUGGACUUGUCUAUAGUUCACUCCAGGAUUAUAAAAGAGCCAUGGGUUUUUACAUGAUCGCUGCUCACUUGACUCCAAAAGAUUCAUCUCUUUGGAAAAUGAUUUUUACCUGGUCCAUAGAACAAGGUUAUAUUGGUCAGGCCCGUCAUUGUCUUUUAAAAGCAAUAACAGCAGAUCCCAAAGAUGCUACUCUUAGAGGUCAUCUUGCAAGGCUUUAUGUUGAACUUGGAGAUUAUCAAAAAGCUGCUGUGGCAUAUGAGCAAGCAUACCAACUUUGUUGUGAGAAUGUUGAUGCACUGAAAGCAGCUGCUAAGUUCUACAAAAUAUGUGGUCAAGUUGAAUACUCUGUUCGCAUUCUUGAAGACUAUCUUAAGAGUCAACCUGACGGAGCAAAUGCAGGCGUAGUUAAUCUGCUGGGUACCAUAUUGAUGGAAACUAAGGCACAUGACAGAGCUCUGCAGUAUAUUGAACGUGCUCAGGUGGUAAAUGCGGAGAAAGAAUUGCCUUUAAAUUUGAAAAUUAAGGCCGGAAUUUGUCAUCUUCAUCUCGGAAACAUGGAGAUGGCUCAGGUUCUCUUCAAUGAUUUGAAACCAGAGAAUGCAAGCAACCAUAGUGACUUGGUUACUGAGGUUGCAGACUCAUUAGUGGGUCUUGAACAUUAUAAUUCUGCUUUGAAUUAUUAUCUGAUGUUGGAACGAAAUAGUGGAAAUGAAAAUGGUCUUCUGUAUCUGAAAAUUGCUAGAUGUUAUCUGUCCUUGAAAGAAAGGUCACAAGCAAUUCUCUUUUUUUCUAAAGCCCUUAAAAUGCUACAAGAUGAUGUUGAUGCACGCAUAAGUCUGGCUUCUCUUCUGCUUGAAGAGGGAAAAGAAGAUGAUGCCAUUUCCUUGCUGUCUCCUCCAAAGGAUUCUGACUCUGGAGAAGCGCAUUCUGAAAAGUCAAAUAGAUGGUGGGUUGAUGUAAGAAUAAAACUGAAGCUCUGCAACAUAUAUUGGAAUAGAGGGACACUUGAUGAUUUUGUGGAUGCACUUUUCCCUUUGAUUCGUGAGUCAUUGUAUGUUGCAACUCUUCGACAAAAGGGUAAAUCAAAAAGGCGACUUUCCAAAAGAGAUCUGGUUGAAAGGAUUAAGGUACUGGAGGGUCCGGAAAAGGAUAAUGUAUUUCGAGGAUUCAGGCCAGUAGCUGCACCAUCUGAUCUGUUGAAAGCUUCCAGGGCAAAAAAAUUGCUCCAGAAGAAAGCAAUCGAAAAGGAGAAAAGAAAAGCUGAGGCACUGGCCUCUGGAUUUGACUGGCUAAGUGACGAUUCAGAUGAUGAGCCUCAGAAAGAAAACAGAGAACCUCCCUUGUGUAAUAUUCUCAAAGAUGAAGAACAUCACCAGCUUAUAAUUGAUUUGUGCAAGGCAUUGGCAUCCUUGCAAAGGUAUUGGGAAGCACUGGAGAUUAUUAAUCUCACUCUAAGAUUGGCUCAUUCAUCUCUGUCUACUGAGAAGAAGGAGGAACUUCGAUCUCUUGGAGCUCAAAUGGCAUACAACACCACUGAUCCUAAACAUGGGUUUGAUUGUGUAAAAUACAUUGUUCAGCAACAUCCACACAGUUUUGCAGCUUGGAAUUGCUACUACAAGGUUAUCGCAAGAUUGGAAAACCGUGAUACAAGACAUUACAAAUUUCUACGUUUCAUGCAAGGAAAAUUUGUGGAUUGUGUGCCUCCUAUCCUCAUUUCUGGGCAUCAGUUUACCUUAUUUAGCCAUCAUCAAGAUGCAGCGAGGAAAUACCUUGAAGCUUAUAAACUAUUGCCAGAGAAUCCAUUGGUUAAUCUUUGUGUUGGAACCGCCUUGAUUAACUUAGCAUUGGGUUUCAGACUUCAAAAUAAGCAUCAAUGUGCUGUACAAGGUUUAGCAUUCCUCUACAAUAAUUUGAGAAUCUGCGAGAACAGCCAGGAAUCACUGUACAACAUAGCUCGGGCAUAUCAUCAUGUUGGUCUUUUAACUCUGGCGGCUUUGUAUUAUGAGAAAGUGAUUGCUAUUUGCCAGAGAGACUAUCCGAUUCCAAAACUUCCAAAUGAGAAUCCAGAUGUCGUGGAAAAUCUUAAACCUGGUUACUGCGAUCUUCGCAGAGAGGCCGCAUACAAUUUGCAUUUGAUCUACAAAAGAAGUGGUGCUCUUGAUCUUGCUAGGCAAGUUCUCAAAGAUCAUUGUACCUUGUGAGUUCACGUGUACCUUAUCAACAACAAUCGUCUUGUUCUUGCAGGGCUUAUGUACAGAUUUUCUUUAAGAAAUUUGCAAUGCAAUAUUUAUAUGGUUUUGCUUCGUA